GGGGUGGGCGGGGUUAUCGGGAGAGGAGGGAGUGACGCAGCGAGUGCUGGUGCCGCCCGCUCUCCGCGCUGCGGGAUCCGGGAUUGUGUUGUGCUCACACGGCGCUCGGCGGACUCGGUGCUCCGGAUAGAGUCAUAAUGUCUGAAGAUUUCUUGUAGUCAUUCCGCAGCUGGAGUACCUCAGCUUUACUAUAAAGGCAGAACACCACAGUGACCAGUGAUUGGCUGAGCAGGCAGGUCCUGCUUGACAUCCUGUCUUGGUAGGAGGGAGAAGAGAUAACCAGUAGGGGACAGUAAGGAGCAGGAUUACCAAAGGACUGGGUUUCACAAAUGUCUUAUGAUUUGGCAUAGUUACCAGGAUUCCGCAAGUCACAUAACUUGACAUGACAUCCUUUGAUUCCAUGUGACCCAGCUUAUCGAAGCUUCCUUGUCUUCUUCGCUCUGCUUCUUCUUGAAGCAGCUUUUUAUUAUUGCAUCUGGCAUUCAGCAGGGGAAAACGUUCAAGUGGCAUAAAUCGUGGGCGACAGAUCGGCCCACAGGAUUCCUACAGCUGACUUGUGGAUUUGUCUUCUCCUUGCGCUGAUCUUGUGACUGUCCGCAGCCAUGCCGGCUUUAUCUACAGGCGCUGGAAGUGACACAGGUCUGUAUGAGCUCUUGGCUACGCUGCCGGCCCAGCUGCAGCCGCAUGUGGACAGCCAGGAAGACCUGACCUUCCUUUGGGAUAUGUUUGGUGAAAAAAGUCUCCAUUCACUGGUGAAGAUACAUGAGAAGUUGCACCACUACGAGAAAGAGAACCCGCAGCCCAUCAUCCACAGCGCUACAGCCCUGGCAGAUGAUCUGGCUGAGGAACUGCAGAGCCGACCGCUGAACAGCGAGAUCAGAGAAUUGUUGAAACUUCUGUCAAAACCAAAUCUCAAGGCUUUACUGUCAGUACAUGACACCGUGGCUCAGAAAAGUUACGAUCCUGUGCUCCCGCCUAUGCCAGAUGAUAUCGAUGAUGAUGAAGAUUCAGUGAAAAUUAUUCGGCUUGUCAAAAACAGAGAGCCGCUGGGGGCUACAAUAAAGAAGGAUGAGAACACGGGUGCCAUCAUUGUUGCCAGGAUAAUGCGGGGAGGAGCUGCAGACAGAAGCGGUCUCAUCCAUGUGGGUGAUGAGCUGAGGGAGGUCAAUGGAAUAAGCGUUGAAGAUAAAAAACCUGAAGAAAUCAUCCAUAUUUUGGCUCAGUCACAAGGGGCCAUUACUUUUAAAAUCAUCCCAAGUAUCAAAGAGGAGUCACCAAACAAUGAUGGCAAGAUGUUUGUUAAAGCUCUCUUUGACUACUAUCCUAAUGAGGAUAAAGCUAUUCCUUGUAAAGAAGCCGGGCUUGCGUUCAGAAAGGGAGAUAUACUUCAGAUCAUGAGCCAGGAUGAUGCAACUUGGUGGCAGGCCAAACACGAAGGUGAUGCCAAUCCCAGAGCCGGAUUGAUCCCUUCAAAACAAUUCCAGGAGAGGAGAUUUGCACUAAGGAAGCCUGUGGUGCUGACGCAGCCUCCGAAAACCCUCAACCGAAAAUCAUCCGGGUUUAGAAGAAGUUUUCGUCUCAGCAGGAAGGAUAAAAAAACAAAUAAAUUCAUGUACGAAUGUAAAAAGAGCGACCAAUAUGAUACAGCAGAUGUUCCGACCUUUGAAGAGGUGGCUACGUAUCAGCGGCAGCCUAAUGAAAAAUACAGGCUGAUAGUCCUGGUUGGACCUGUCGGUGUUGGCUUAAAUGAACUUAAAAGAAAAGUCCUCAUCAGCGACACCCAGCACUAUGGAGUGACCGUGCCACAUACGACAAGAGGAAAAAGGAACCAGGAGUGUGACGGUGUGGAAUAUAUCUUUAUUACCAAACACUUGUUUGAGGCAGACCUACACAAUAACAAGUUUAUAGAGUAUGGUGAAUAUAAAAACAAUUACUACGGCACAAGCAUCGACUCCGUGCGCUCUGUCCUGGCGAAGAAUAAAGUGUGCCUGCUAGAUAUACAGCCCUCAAGCAUAAAACAUUUAAGGACAUAUGAAUUUAAACCCUUUGUCAUAUUCAUCAAGCCGCCAUCUAUCGAACGCCUGAGAGAGACGAGGAAGAACGCCAAAGUUAUCUCCAGCAAAGACGAGCGGGCGUCAACAAAACCCUUCACAGAAGAAGAUUUUGAAGAAAUGAUCAGGUCGGCACAAAUCAUGGAAUCUCAAUACGGUCACUACUUUGACAAAGUUAUCAUCAAUGACGACCUCAACACAGCGUACAAUGAACUGAAAUCCACUCUCGACAGGUUGGAGACAGACAGCUGCUGGGUACCAGUGAGCUGGCUCCAUUCCUGAACACCCCCUCCCCCUGCAUAUGGCACAAAUACUUUUUAUUUUAUGUUAUUUUUUUAUUACUCGUCCUAUGGUGAGUUUUUACAUCCGCUCUAGUUGAAUUCAUUUUAAACUCUUAUUGUUUAUUGUUCUCACAGACUGCCUACAAUGUGUCAGAUUCCAGAGCAGCUUGUUUUUAUUUUAUGUAUGUGAAGAUGGGGGUCUAGCAAGUGCAGAAAGUACCGGCCGGUAUGGCGCAUGGUUACAAUGGAGCUCGUGUAGUGAUGAUGUCAUUUCGGAACCAUUGAGUGUCAGUAGUGGCAGCCAUUAUAUCAGGCCGCUUGGGUCACACUAUGCCGGAUGGUCCGGAUAAUAAUCACAAAGAGACAGCAUUCGGCACAGCCGGGGAGGAGAAGCAUUCACUGUUUUAUUAUCCCUUCUGGUGUGUAACGGCAUGCAUAAAACCCAAGCUCUUCUGUGGUGCUCAACUCGGAGAGCAAAGUCUGUACACAGUCCAAUAAAACUAAUAGAAAAUGAAGCUGCACUCACCGGAUCUGUUGCAGAGCGUUUUUUUUUUUUUUUUUCUUUCUUCAGUAUAGUGUCAGUACAGGGAUCCGGUGAGUGCCACUUUAUUUUCUAUUUGUGUCAUUGAUGACUAUAUUGAGGUUUGCUGAAAUAAAUUUAAAAAUAGUUGUUCAGGAUUAGAAAAAAAUGCUGCUUUUUUCCCAAAAAAUGCAUUUUACCUGUCAUCAGGUCGUGUCUGGGGAAUGAGACUCAGUUGCAAUACCACAGACAACCUGUGGACAGGUGUGGCACUUUUUUUGGGAAGAAAAUAAUUUACUCUUUAGGGACAGUUAGUUAUCAUACACUGGAAAGGACAAGGUUCUUGAGAAAGGUCCUGUAUAUAUAACGUCUAUGAUCAUUUGCACUGCCAACAGUAUGGUUUCUCAUUUAUUUAUGCAUCGUUGUAUUUUGUUCGGAGCACAAUGAUUAUAGCUUGCAGACUGGAAUUCUGGGUUCUCACUUUGCAAUUUGUUUAUAGUUUACAAAACAACGUCGCCAGUUGACUAUUUAAAAGUUUUAAUGUUUUUAAAUGUUUUAAAGGAGUCUUUCUUGUUUUUAGACGAAUUGGUGAAGCACCUACAGGUCAGGGCUGUAUACCUCCUUUAUAUAGGCUGGAUUAUGAGAAGAACAAUGUGACUGGUUCUUAUAGGGUGGGUAAUCCGCUUUUCCAUGCACUGGUUUUAUGAAACCCUAGGUGUUAUGAAACACUAGAUGUCUUCCCAGUUGAAGUACACCUCUGCUGCCCAGCAUAUCCUGUACCAAACAGCUUGUUGUAGGAAUCGGUCUGGCCUACUACAAGAUCUUCCAGUGGGCUUACGGGAAUUGUCCUGGUUAGUGUUAUGCAAAUUUACAGCAAAUUUAGCAAAACCUAAUGGCUCUGCUUUUGGUUGCGUUAGUCUCCUUAAAGGUUUCUCCGGGAUAUAAAAAUGUAUCACCUAUCCUAAGGACCGAUGGGAUCCCCACAAUCUGCCUCACGGCGCUCCAGCUCUCUACAUGAAAAGAGCCGUGUCAUCCACACUCCCAGCAGAUUGAAAGGACCGUGGUGCUUGUGCGAGUGCUGCAGCCUCUUUUGUACUUUAUUUAAUAGAUAAACAAUACAGACAGGUUAA